AUGGCAGAGCCUCAGUACACAGUCUUCAUCAGGGUUCCCAUCCCGCGUCGGGGAUUCGUCGAUCCACCUCCCGUCAGUUGGGACGUCGCCAAAGACGAAGCUCUGUGGAAGAUCCUCUCCGGGCACAAGGAGAUUGACUGUAUGAUGCGGCCCCGUUUGCAGCAUGCCGCCGACCGGUUCGAAGUCCCCGUCGAUUUCCUGGUGCAGCAGGUGGCCUACCUGAACGAGCGACAUCAGUCACACUUCCUCGCCCAAGUCCGAAAAGCCACGGCCGCUGCCAAAGGCUCUGCCACACAAUCGCCCGUUCCCGGGUCCGACGCAGGCCAUCUGAGGACGCCGUCAGCCUUGUCGAUCCGCCGCGAUGUGUCCACGCUGCGAAACGAGAGCGGCACCGCUGGGCCUGCCAUCAACUCGCCGAUGCGCCCGGCCAUGUCCCGCAACACCUCGGCCACCACGACAGUCAUGAGGGACGGCGGCGGCGCCUCCCCUAGGAUAGGCACCCGGCCCAGCCUGCGAGCGCUUGACCAGGCUGCGCGGACGCGGCUGUCGUCGCUGCCCAUUCCUUCGCCGUCUCCCAAAUCUCCCGAACCGCCUGUUGCCGAAGCCAACCGGGCCAAUUCGCCUGGCCCAGCCGAGUCGAGCUCGUCGUCCUCGUCCGAUGACGAAUCACUAGCGGUGCAAUCCCGCAUCAUCCGCCGACCACCACGGUAUCAGCCGCCUCAGGACUCUUACGCCUACCCCGGGGAUGAGGAUGACGAAUCGGAGCCUGCCUUUAGGCCGUAUAAUGCACCGUCUGCUGGACCAUCGUCGCCGGAUCUGUCAUCCACGUUAAAGCUGAGGAGCACAGACAGCCGCGCCCCGCCGCGGCGCAAUCCAAGGCCAUUCGCGAAAGAAUCUCACCACUCACAGACCUCCGAUUCAUCGGCGAGCUCCCCUGCUAUGCCGUUGCGGCCGGUCAAACCACGAGAGAGCCAUAAUGUAGACCCAUCGUCCCCUUCUCGUCGCGCAACGGACACUCGAAGCUCGCGGGACAACAGCGAGGGCACGCCUAGCAUCAGCAGCAGCUUUAGUGACCUGGAUGGUAUGCCCCUGUAUCUAAACAUUCUUGCACACCUUGCUCAUAUGCUUGCCGAAACAGAUGCAUCAGUUACGCGGUCCGCCAUGGAGGAAGCUCUCGCAAUCAUGUUCCGUCGUCUGUGGUCGGGCCUCCCCGAGGACGUCACUUUUCCCUCGGAUUUCAAAGGCCUCGGAUACUUUGUCAAUGAAGAUGAUGAGAUUCGCUCCAUCAAGGAGCCGGAUAACUACUUCAAGUUCUACAUAAAUCGCAACCCGAGGAUUUGCGCUCGCCAGCGCUUCGCCUUCAACCAUGCUCUAGAAUAUAUUGUCCACGAACGCCUAGAAAAAGAAGGAAUGCAGAAAGUCCGUCUCCCCCAGGGAACGCCCGCCACAGAACCUCACAUACCCAUCUUCAUCACCCCAAACCUCGAAGCGAAAACCCGCAUCGUCGUCAUCUUCGGCGAACCCACGCAGGAUCUUGGCCUUGUUGCCGGCCGCGUGGCAAAUGGCCCUGGAGGCAUCAACGAGGGAAGCAUGGUCUCGGUCGUCCGCGCCCUCGUCGCAUCGCAGCGCUCCUCCUCUCCCGACGAUGCAUCGCCGCCAGGCAUUGUCCUGGCGAAUACGGGCCAGACGUACUGGUGGCCUGAAGGGAAGAGGGCCAUUACCGUUUCUGCGAGCGCGGCUUUGCCGCUGCCUAGCUUGGUGCACAAGGGGAUUCGAGAAGUGCCGUCUUUGAACAGGGUCCCUGGCAAUGAGAACCCGAGGGAGCAUGUCAGAUAUAUUUUUGACGAGGUGCUUGGCUCUAUGGCGGGUGAGAAGGCGGUGGUGGAUGUUGUGGCUAUUGGAGAGACGUGCGAGAUUGUGGAAAGGUUUCUCGAUGGCAAGGAGGCGUGGGAUGCUUGGGGCGAGAGACUUGGUUCUCUGAUCCUGUUGGGCCCGGUGUUUGAGGUAGAUGGAUUGACAAACGCACAGUUCAAGGACUUUCUGGCCAAGAGAGCUCGUGGCUAUCUUCUCUGCUCUGAGCCCGCUGGAAUCCCUCUGGCGCCUCCCGAGGGAAAUCCGGAGCUCAGCAUUCUUCCCAUGGGCUUUCCAUGCAUAUCUUCGUCCGAGCCGUCUCACGUCGAAACGAUUCUCAUACAGGCGCGAUCUCACAUCCUCUCGCACCUCCAGGAUGUCGCUAUGAACCCGGGCUACGAGAACCCCGUCAUUGCGGUGGCUGACUGCCUGCGACCUGCGCUGACUGAACAGGACUGGAACGAAGUGCCUGAGGAAGAAAAGCCUAUGAUAUCCAAGGCUGAUCCAUUGGAGUUGAAGCAGGAGCUGAAGCAGGCGAAGCGCUGGAAGAAGUUUGUGGAGACUGGCGUGGCGCCUGAUACAGACUCGGAGUCGGAAUCGGAUGUCUAG